AUGUCUGAUAUUGUUGUUCCUGGUUUCAAGAGCUCCGAAUUGAUCGCUGAACUUAACAAAGCCUUUGAAGACUUUAGUCCUGAAGAAAGAACCAAGUUAAUCAAACAAGUCAAUGGUGUAUUUCAAUUUGUGAUCAAGAACAAAGAAGGCAAAGAAGAAGUCUUUACUGUAGAUGUCAAAAAAGAAGGCAAAGUGGUUCGUGGUAAAGGUAUGAAACCCGAUGCCGUUCUGUCUCUAAAAGACGCUGAUUUUGUUGAUUUGGCUACGGGUAAAUUAAACGGUCAAAAGGCAUACAUGAGUGGUAAACUCAAGAUUAAGGGGCAAAUUAUGCUUGCUAUGAAGUUAGAUAACAUAUUCAAGACAGUGAAUCCUACUGCUAAAUUGUAA